GAGCCCGUUAAUACCAAUCCAUCAUCGCUUGAAUGCCACAGCCUAUUUGAGUAUUGUUGCUGACCAUGUGCAUCCCUUCAUGGCCACAAUUUACCAUUUUCUAAUGGCUUAUUAUUCCAGUAUGAUAAUGCACCAUGUCACAAAGCAAAAGUCAUCUCAAACUGGUUUCAUGAACAUGACAGCGACUUCAGUGUUCUUCUUCAGUGGCCUUCCCAGCCACCGGAUCUGAAUCCAAUAGACUUACUGGAUUGAAAGUGCACCAGAAAAAUCUGUGCGAUCAUCUCAACAUGGACCAGAAUCUCAAAGGAACAUCUCCAAAAUCUUGUGGAAUCCAUGCUAUGAAGAAUUGAGGCUGUUUGGAGAGCAAAGGGACUGAGAGCCCUACCCAGUGUUAGUCUAGUGUUCCUAAUAAAGUUCUCACUGAGUGUACACCAUAAGGGAACAGCUGUUGUGGCUCAUGAUGUCAUCUGUAUACUUUUGCAUAUGUAAAUUUAUAAAUGAUAAAACCGCAGUGCUGACAGGAGUGCUGUAAGAUCUGUCGGUCUGGAGAUCAGCUAAUUAACGUCUUCAGCUCCUCUUUUAUUGGCAAGUGUAAGCGAAUCAGUGAGGCUGCAUAACUUCCCCUGAUUUGCGAAUGUGUUUAGGAAAGAGAGGAGAAGUGUUGGAAAGUUAUUGUCAGGAUUGUGAGUUCUGUGUGCAGGUAUGCUGGAUAUGGAGGUCAGUCCAGUCAGAGCUACAGCCAGCCGGGUUACGGAGGAUACGGCCCGGGUUCGGAGUCGGACAGCAGCCCGGACCUUACGGUCAGGGAUACGGCUCCAGCUACAGCUCGGUUUUCGAACAUAGUUGUCGAUGAGGUGACAGUGAGAGGGCGAUGUCACAGGUCCAUGAGGAAAAAUGAGGAGGCUCAUCACCUUCAGUACCGUGGGCUUCAGGACGGUGCCAUUGCCUCUGUCAUGCACCAGCUCACUGCAGACCUGGGACACAGGGAAUUGCACCAGAGGCUAUAAAGGACAUGGCGGUGUGUAACCCAGUGGCAAAGACAAGGAAUGGUGUCAGGACUGGUGUGAAGAGCACACUGUACAGAGCAUGUGGUGGGCCUCUUCCAGUUCCUCACGUCAUGGCCAGCGGGGAGAAACUGAAAGACGAACUUCCACAACUGGGGAUAUGCAAAUUGCUGCACGGACAUGAGGGCCUUGAUUUGGUGGACUCUACAUUUGGCCCUUUGCCUUUUGGGUCUGUGCUCGCUUACCAGUGCCUUCCUGAAAUACAUAGAGACAUAUGUAGAGACAUUAUUGAACACCCUGGUGCCCCUGAGUUUCCUCAGUUGCCUGUUGACAGAUACAGAUUUAAAUUUCCUAUAGACUUUGAGCCCAGCUAUAAGCAACAGUGCCACUUGGAGAGCCUGUCACGAAAGAUCUCCGCUGCUAUUGAGGCAGAAACCCGACUGCAGUCUAAAUGCCAGCUGUGGACCCAGGGCAAGACAAGAUCCUGUCCAUUGAGAUCAAGCGCGGCUGGAAGGAGGGCACCAAGAUCACGUUCCCACGGGAGGGCGACGAGUCCCCUGGCUGCAUCCCCGCCGACAUCGUCUUCGUGAUCAAGGACAAGCCGCACCCGCACUUCAGGAGAGAAGGGUCCGACAUCGUCUACCCCGUCCGCAUCAGUCUGCACCAGACAUUGUGCGGUUGCUCGGUUACGGUCUCCACGAUAGACGGGAAAACGUGCAAUAUGAAGAUCACGGAGGUGAUCAAACCGGGAAUGAGGAAGAUCGUAGCGGGACAGGGGCUGCCCUUCCCCAAGAACCCUGAGCAAAGAGGAGAUCUCAUAGUGGAGUUUGACAUGAACUUUCCCGACAGUCUGCCGUCCAACGCCAAGGACGUGCUGAAACGCCAUUUACCCGCUUGAUGAAGGGAACGCAGCAGGACUGCGGCGGCGUUAAACGGCGCACCACGCUGACGCUCGCCAUCUCUCCCGAUCCAACACUCGGACAAAUUGCCGCUAUGCCCCAUAAACAAUGUGCAAUUUCUAUUUUUUAUCUAGUUAGUCAGUGUUUGUGCUUUUUUAAAAAAUAUGUUGCAUGCCCAAAUAAGGUCAUAAACGUGCAAGUGGAAUCUUCAUCUCUGAAAGUAAACGUUACUCGCAGCCUGCAUUGUUUUCAUUCUUAUUUGAAUGGGUAAUGUUGGAGUAAGGCGUGUACCGAUAUUCGAAUAUCAUGAUUAUACGAUAUACCGCAAUAUUCAGCACAAUAUUAUUAUCAUGGACAGGUCAAAAUAUUGAAGUGCAGUUAGGAGCCUGAUUCAGAUUUUUUAAAGGCUGCUUUCUAACAUGGUUUAUUUGGAAAAAUCUGAAAGCAAAACACUGUAGGUAUCUUUGUAAAAUACAGAAUAUGCUUACAGAGGAAUCUCAAACACAUUUAACCACAAGUGGCUGUAUAGGAAUAUCCAUUUAACUUCCCGUCUCAUAGCUAAUGUUUUAUUUCUUUAUUCUUAGUGAGCCAUCAAACUUCAUAAAUUGCAUUUGUGAAUUUCCAAUCACCUAAUGUGGUCUAACUUGCUAAAGCAGACAGCCUUGAACCAAGGUCACAUUUAUAAAAAAUCAGAAACGCGGUCUGUACAGGUGCAUUUUUAUUCUCCGAAGAUGCAAAAAAUGUAAAUGUUAAUAUUGAGCCUUAGCCUAACAGUUAUGUAGUGAAAAAGUGCAUUUUGUGUCAAAGAUACAAAAAAUAAAUAUGGUUUAAGGCCGUGCUUCUCAAAAUGGCAUCCGGGAAGC